CAGCCCGGCACGGCCGGCUCCCGGGCCCCGGGGCGCUCGCUCAGGUAAAUUUUUCCAUAACCUUAUGGAGAGAAAGGACUUUGAGACAUGGCUUGAUAACAUUUCUGUUACAUUUCUUUCUCUGACGGACUUGCAGAAAAAUGAAACUGUGGAUCACCUGAUUAGUCUGAGCGGGGCAGUCCAGCUCAGGCAUCUCUCCAAUAACCUGGAGGCUCUCCUCAAGCGGGACUUCCUCAAACUCCUUCCUCUGGAGCUCAGUUUUUAUUUGUUACAAUGGCUCGAUCCUCAGACUUUACUCACAUGCUGCCUCGUCUCUAAGCAGUGGAAUAAGGUGAUAAGUGCCUGUACAGAGGUGUGGCAGACGGCAUGUAGAAAUUUGGGCUGGCAGAUAGAUGAUUCUGUUCAGGACGCUCUGCAUUGGAAGAAGGUCUACUUGAAGGCCAUUUUGAGGAUGAAGCAACUGGAAGACCAUGAAGCCUUUGAAACCUCUUCGUUGAUUGGACACAGUGCCAGAGUGUAUGCACUUUACUACAAAGACGGGCUUCUCUGUACAGGGUCAGAUGACUUGUCUGCAAAACUGUGGGAUGUGAGUACAGGACAGUGUGUUUAUGGCAUCCAGACUCACACUUGUGCUGCAGUGAAGUUCGACGAGCAGAAGCUUGUGACGGGCUCCUUUGACAACACUGUGGCCUGCUGGGAGUGGAGUUCCGGAGCCAGGACCCAGCACUUCCGGGGACACACAGGGGCGGUGUUUAGCGUGGACUACAAUGAUGAACUGGAUAUCUUGGUCAGUGGCUCUGCGGACUUCACUGUGAAGGUGUGGGCUUUAUCUGCUGGGACGUGCCUCAACACCCUCACUGGGCACACGGAAUGGGUCACCAAGGUGGUUUUACAGAAGUGCAAAGUCAAGUCUCUCUUGCACAGUCCUGGUGACUACAUCCUCCUAAGUGCAGACAAAUAUGAGAUCAAGAUUUGGCCCAUUGGGAGAGAAAUCAACUGUAAGUGCUUAAAGACACUGUCUGUCUCUGAGGAUCGGAGCAUCUGCCUGCAGCCAAGACUUCACUUUGACGGCAAAUACAUCGUUUGUAGUUCAGCACUGGGUCUCUACCAGUGGGACUUUGCCAGUUAUGACAUUCUCAGAGUCAUCAAGACCCCUGAAGUGGCCAACUUGGCCUUGCUUGGCUUUGGCGACGUCUUCGCCCUGCUGUUCGAUAACCGCUACCUGUACAUCAUGGACUUGCGGAGCGAGAGGCUGAUUAGUCGCUGGCCUCUGCCCGAGUACAGGAAGUCGAAGAGAGGCUCCAGCUUCCUGGCCGGCGAGGCGUCCUGGCUCAAUGGACUGGAUGGGCACAACGACGCGGGAUUGGUCUUUGCCACCAGCAUGCCUGACCACAGUAUUCACCUGGUGUUGUGGAAGGAGCACGGCUGACGCAGCUGGCUGCCGCCGCAACUGACUGGUGCCCGGGCUGCGGGUUUUGAGUGCCACGUGUGUGGCAGCCGACUGCAUGAACCAAAGUUCUCACCUAAUGGUAUCAUCGCGCAGUGCACAAUCAUUUCUCUCUGUUGGCCAGGAGGCCAGGGCUGGGGCGGGGCGGGGCGGGCUUCUUUUAUCGGCAUUCAACGCAGCAUGCUGAUGGGGCACACCAUUGACUUCAUUUGUGCUUAGUUCUGUUGGUCAGUACCAGAGAUGCAUUUGGAGUUCAUCUUUGUUGGAUAUUGGUUUUAAGUAAACAAAGUUAACUGGUUCAUUAAUCCGCUAAUCGGUUGCCUAUAAACACACAUGCAGUCUGUUAUUAAAGCUUUUUACCGUU